AUGCGGUGUUCUUAUGAAGUGGUUUUUCCUCUAUAUUCUCUACCGUUUGUGUAUCUGUUGUUUCUUUUAUUUUCUGUUCUGUGCUGCCGCUCGAUACUAUACAUUUUCGUUUUGAAGCGAAACAGAGAUGCGAAAGCAUUUUAUUAUGCUCUCCUGUCUAUCCCUAAGAUUGCAGUCAUACAUGCCCUUUUGGCUGGUGUGCUCUAUCAAUCGUAUCCGUAUAUCGUGAUGUUGUGGAGUUUAUGCGCAAAUGCAGUGCAUUUAGCUGCAGAAGGCAAAAUAUCGAUGAAGGAGAUUACAAGGGCGUUUCGCACCACUCGCGAUGACAUGGUGGAUGGUUACGGGUCCAACAUUGACUCUCCUGGCAUUUCUCUGCUGGCUAUCUCGGCUCAAAUGCCGCCCAUAUUCUACAUGUUGACUAUCGGAAUAAGCCAUCCUAGUGUUUUUUGCCGAUAUGACUGCAUGUGGAAUACGGUUGAAGUGUUCAUGAAACAUGAGGGAUUCGUUCCGCAGUUUCAUGGAAAGUGGCCCUUUAUUGCCGUUGACAUCAAUGUACCGACAGUUGUGGAUCUGAUAAUUCAGGAACCGGCUUCAUUCAUCUUUUCUUUACUUAAUUUCUACUCUUCCUAUUUGCUUUACGUCCGGCUCAAAUUCAUGUAUAAAUUAGAUAGCAGUCGCGUUUGGAUUUGGUACACAAUAACUGGCAUGAUUGCU